AUGAAGGCACAAAGGAGGGCAACGACGAAAGCACGAGGGAGGUGGGAAACGGCAGGUACGAAGGACGACGACGACGAAGGUACGAAGGAGGUUGAGAAGGCACGAGGGAGGUGGGAAACGGCAGGAACGAAGGAGGUUGACGACGACGACAAAGGCGGAACAAUGGGGGCACGAUGGAGGCAGGGAACGGCAGGGACGAUGAGCACAGUGAUGAGGAGAGCUAGGAAGCGUGAGAAGGGCCCCUUGCUCUCCUCAUCACUGUGCUCAUCGUCCCUGCCGUUCCCUGCCUCCAUCGUGCCCCCAUUGUUCCGCCUUUGUCGUCGUCGUCAACCUCCUUCGUUCCUGCCGUUUCCCACCUCCCUCGUGCCUUCUCAACCUCCUUCGUACCUUCGUCGUCGUCGUCCUUCGUACCUGCCGUUUCCCACCUCCCUCGUGCUUUCGUCGUUGCCCUCCUUUGUGCCUUCAUCGUUGUCGUCCUUCGUACCUGCCAUUUCCCAACUCCCUCGUGCUUUCGUCGUUGCCCUCCUUUGUGCCUUCGUCGUUGCCCUCCUUCGUAUCUGCUGUUUCCCGCCUCCCUCGUGCUUUCGUUGUCGCCCUCCUUUGUGCCUUUGUCGUUGCCCUCCUUCGUACCUGCCGUUUCCCGCCUCCCUCGUACUUUCGUCGUCGCCCUCCUUUGUAGCUUUGUUGUUCUCCUUUGUCCCUUUGUAG